AUGGACGAGGCAGCAACAGAGGUGGCGUGUGCGACUUCUAGAAGUUGCAGCGCCAAGAGUCCAGGAAGAGGUUACAUUGCAGAGGCAAAGGCAUGCAGCAACCGCGAAGCCAGGAACAUUGCCAGGAAGACUACAGCCAACUAUUUGCUGAGCAUCAGCGAGGAUGCCAGCUUUGUUUCGCAUGCGUGUGCCAGCCUCAAUGUUCAUGACUGGCCGCUUCUGGCAAACCUCCGUGCAGGUGCUUGGUACGUGCCCUCUCAGUCUGUGGAUGCUAGCUGCUACUUCAAAUCGAUGGAUGGUCACAGGAAUCAGUGGGACUUUAGCCUCGGCCGAUUGAACCUCCACGUGGCACACAUGGCGGCCAACUCCAGCAGUGGCGGAGUUGUCCUCGUUGACUGCACCGGAAAUCGCAAGAAGACGUUCCCAGAUUCGUUGAGCAAAACGGUGCCCAUUUGGAGUGCAGUGCUGCAAAGCGUGGUGGCACCAGACAUGGACGCAUGUUCAGCCGUGGAUGCCUUUCUUCAUUUGCGGACUGCGCAGGCCGAGCGGCCCGACAUCCAGAAGCUGCUGCCAGAAUGGGUCGACAAGCUUCGCAAAGUCUUGCCGGAAACAGAAGCCAGUGAACUGGCAGAUGCAUUGAAAGGCAGAAGUCUCCGGCCAUUCUGGGUCUGCCCUUCAGAUGAUUUGCUCCAGCUCAAAGAGGAACUUGACGCUCUCCGGGCGAAGCACGUGGUAAUCUUGUGCAUCUCCGCAUCGAAGGUGGUAGCAGGAAGCACGAGUUACAUCCAGGGAGCUGGUGACGAUGAAGAGGCCUGGGCCCGCCAGCUCGGCCUCAGCCCAGCCCGUUUCUGGCAGCACGCCGAUGUUCUGCUCGAAGCGGCGCGCAGCAAACCGCAGGAGGUCGAUGCCGUCAUCCAAGCCCUGUUGGAGGUGGACGGAAAGGACGGAACCACGCAGGACGAGGCGCCGCAGAUGGACCAGUUGGUGCGAGGCCUUGUCGGCCUUGUCCUUCAUUGGCGACACCGGACUUGCCAUAAGCGAUUUCGCAUCCGCAGCUCCGCCGAGAGUCUGGGACCUCGUCGACGCUGUGCUCAACUGUGGAGGCGAAGAGCAUCCUGA